UAAACUAAGCUAUGACUUAUAUCAUGUUUGCUUCACGUAAGCAGCUUAAUGUUGUUUGCUUUUUCGCGUGGCUUUAAAGAUUUCUCCUCUUCUUUCUUCCUCUUCUCCCUCCCUUUCUUCUUCUUCUCCUUCAUCUACUUAACUCGAUCAUCUCAUUUCAUACAACCCAAAUAAAAAAAAAAAAAAAAAAAAAACAUUUCGAUUCAUCCUUAAAAACCUAACCAACCCAAUAAAACCCUCAACUACUUUAUUACACCCUCAUCUCUUAUAUCAACCCUCAAAAUUGUUCAUCCCCAAACAAAACAAAUCUCAUAGAACUAAGAAAACCCUAGGUAUAUCAUAUAUACAUUUAUAUUUAUAUAUAUCAUAAUCACACAAAAAAUCAAAAAUAAAAAUUAAAAAAAAAUAGGUUGAGUUGUAAUUGAAAUGAGUAUUAGUGGAAACGUCGGAAGUAGCGUGGGUGGGGGUAGCGGAGGGAGUGGUGGAUCUGGUAGUUGUGGUGGUGGGGGCGGCGGAAAUGGAGGUCCUUGUGGAGCUUGUAAGUUUUUGCGUAGGAAAUGUGUAGUUGGGUGCAUAUUUGCACCUUAUUUUGAUUCAGAACAAGGUGCAGCACAUUUCGCAGCGGUCCAUAAGGUGUUUGGAGCCAGUAAUGUGUCCAAGUUGUUGCUACAUAUCCCUGUACAUAAAAGACUUGACGCUGUUGUUACUAUUUGUUACGAGGCUCAAGCUAGACUUCGCGACCCUGUUUAUGGCUGUGUUGCUCAUAUUUUUGCUCUUCAACAACAGGUGGUAAAUUUGCAAACAGAGCUGUCAUAUCUACAAGCACACCUUGCAACCCUAGAGGUACCAACACCACCGCCACCGCCACCACAACCACUUAUGCCACCACUGCAAUUAUCGAUAGCUGACUUACCGUCGACGUCCACUGUCCCUGCAACCUAUGACUUGUCUUCGCUUUUUGACCCAGUGGUCCAACCAUUAUGGGCCAUGCAGCAGCAACAGCAACCACAACAACAACAACAAAGAGGCUCUAUGGAUCAACGCUCAUAUGGUACAAGUAAUAGAGGCCCAUUAGGAGGAGGCGAUCUCCAAGCAGUAGCACGGGAGCUUCUGCAUAGACAUGGAUCUCCAAAUAUUGGGCACAUGCACCAUGAUCCAUCUCCUUCAUCAUCAAUGUCUAAAUGAGUUAACUUAACUCAGAUUAACAAGUAUUUAACCCGACUCAAGACGUUUUGAGAUGGUUGCAUUGGUUUAGAGAAUUUGAGUUUACAUCAGUAUAAUUUGGAUAACUGGGUCUACCAAUUGUUAUUACUAUUUAGAUACUUUAAUUUAUCUUUUCUUUUGCCUUCUUGAAUUUUAUUUUAUGCUUUAUAUAUGUCAGAAAUUUUUAAAUUUUCGUUGAUUAUAAGUAGGUAUUAAAAGUUGGUGAAUCUUACUUUUAUUUAUCCAAAACAGUACAAGAGAGGAAAGUUUGUGAAAGAUUGCUUAACUAAUAUGUAUUUCAAUUAAAUUG